AUGGCAUCAAAACGUGAGGGAUCAAUUCUUGAUUUUUUUACUAAAAAAAUAAAAAAUACAACAUUGUUUUUAACAGAAGAAAUUGAGUUAACUGAAGUUUCAACAAUUUCUGAAGAUAAAACCCAUGACGCAUCUUCUUUAAUUCAAAAUGCACCUCUUGUUGAUCUUUUAAAUCCGUCCAAUAUUAAUGAUUUACCGGAAAUUUAUGAUGAAUCUGAAAACGAAUCUGAAUUUUUUGGUAAUUUUGAUAAAUCACCGAAUACAAAUAAACAAAUAUCACCACAACAAAGAACAAAUUUAUCUUUAUCUAAUCGAUCUACUCAAAUCGAAAUAGUUUCGUCCAAAUCUGAUAUCCAUUGUUGUAACUCGUCUAAACCAUAUCAUCCUGCUACAGAUGAUGAACUAGCCUUGACAACAAUCGACAAACGGUUAAAAAAAGUAUUUUGUCAUACAUGUCGAUAUGCAUUUGAACGUGAAAUUCAUCCAAAUAAAACGAAAUUCAAUCCUGCUUAUAGAAGUUUUAUAACAGAUGGUUUUUGUGAUUGGAAGAAUGCAAGAGAAAGAUUUAAAUAUCAUGAAUCAAGUAAAAUUCAUUCUGAUUCAAUAUAUGUUAUUAAUCAACAAACAAAGCCAACUGUAAUUGCACAAUUAAUAUCAAGAACCAAAAGACAACAAGAACAACAUCGAGAAUCACUUUUGAUACAAAUUUCUUCUCUUAUAUAUUUACUUCGACAAGGACGUGCAUUUAGAGGACACUCUGAUAUUGAAAGCAAUUUGAUUCAGCUGUUGAAACUUCGAAGCACUGAUAAUAAUUUCUUAAAAGAAUGGAUAAAUAACAAGAAAUAUUUAUCACAUGAUAUAAUUAAUGACCUUUGUAGAGAGAUUUAUUUAUUUAUUAUUCGAGAUAUUGUAAAGGAAAUUUCCAACAGAAAAUGUUUUUCUUUGACAUGGGAUGAGACAUGUGAUGAAUCAACACUUGAACAAUUAUGUUUUGGUAUUCGAUCUGUAAAUGAUAACUAUGAAAUUUUUGAAGAUGUUCUUGGUCUUUAUGAAUUAUCGCGGCAAAAUGCUGAGGCAAUUGUUGAAGUUAUUUUUGAUAUACUAACUCGUUGUCGUUUAAAUAUCUCUGACUGUCGCGGUCAGAGUUACGACGGGGCAUCGUCUAUGAGUGGAAUUUAUGGCGGUGUAUCAGCUUUAGUUUUAAAACAACAGUUUAAAGCUUUCUUUGUACAUUGUAAUGCUCAUUGUUUAGAUUUAGCGGUACAUGAUUUAACUAAUGAAUGUCCUACAAUUAGUAAUUGUAUAUUAUUCGCAAAAGACAUAAUUGAUUUUGUUCGUCUAUCAUCAAAACAUCUUUCUAUUUUAAAAGAAAUAUCCAAUCAAUUAUCAAUGCCUUAUUCAAAUCUUGCAUCGUUAUGUCCAACACGGUGGACUAGGCGUGCUGAAUCGUAUAAUUCCUUAUUAAAUAAUUAUGAACUAGUUCAAGGAGUCUUAUAUACACUUAUUGAAGAAAAAGGUGCUUCUGGUAUUAAAGCUAAUGGUUUACAUGAACAAAUGAACAGAUUUUAUUUAUUCUUUGGAUUAAAACUAGGUUAUUUACUAUUUUCAGCUACAGAAAAGCUUUCUCGUAUUAUACAAAGUUCAAGUUGUUGUUUACAAGAUGUUCUUUCUUCAACUGAAUCUCUUAUGCUUUAUUUUGAACGUAUUCGAGAUGAUAUUAAUUUUAAAUCAUUUUAUACUAAGGUACUUAAAGAGAGCAAAAGUUUAACAGACAAACCCAUCCUAGCACGACAUCGAAGACCACCAAGACGUUAUCAAUCAAGUUCAGAUUCUGUCGAAUUUUCUAGUUAUGAAGAGUUUUAUCAUCAACAAUAUAUGAAAUCACUUGGAAUUGCUGUUAAUAUGUUACAAAAUCGAUUUACACAAAAGAACUUUAAAUUAUUAUGUAAUGUUGAGAAGUUUAUUUUUUAUGCAGAGAAUAAUUCACUUGAUGAUUCAAAUGAUUACUUUCAAUCAAUUAUGGAUUUUUGUUAUGGUGAUAUUGAUGUUGAAAAAUUGAAGGUGGAAGCAUUAAUGAUUGUUGAUUUCUAUCAAUCAGUAAUUAAGACAAAUCAGAUGAACAUAAAACAAAUCGCAAAAAUUUCAACAAUUUGUGAAAUUUUUAAUUCAUGUGAAGUAGGUAAAGAAAUGUUUAAAGAAUAUCAGAAAUUAAUCAAAUUAUAUUUAACUAUUCCUGUUACGACUGCAACAGCAGAACGUACAAUUAGUACGUUAAACAGAUUAAAAACUGCAAUUCGUUCUACGAUGACUCAAUCACGUCUUAAUCUCUGUCUGCUAUUACAUAUAUACAAAGAAAAAAUUGAUAAAAUUGAUCCACGUCAAAUAGCAUCCAAAUUUAUAUCAUCUAGCGAAAAAAGACAACAUUUUUUUGGUUUAAUGCUCUAG